ACAACCAGAGUCAGACAACACGACCACACCAGACUGCACGAACAGCGUUACAGAACAGUCACGAUAAAGAGUCUUGAGCUGAACUUUGUUCAAGUCCAGUCACGAUCACCAGGUAGAUCUACUCACGGCUAGGUCAUUUUGUAAGGUCAAACAGUUGCCAGUAGCUGAGCAGUAGCAGGCGGGCAGGCAGAAUGGGUAAAGAAGAUAUGUUUCUACUCUGGGGAUCAGGCAGCUCACCCUGCAUGCGUGUGAUGAUUGCGCUGGAAGAGAAGGGAUUUAGCGGCUAUGCGCAGAAGAAACUGGAUUUCAGCAAAGGCGAACACAAAGGUCCUGAAGUUCUGGCGUUGAAUCCACGUGGUCAGGUUCCUACCUUCAAGGACGGUGAUCUCGUUCUGGGAGAGUCCUAUGCAGUUCUGCAUUACCUGCAGCACCGCUAUCCAGACAGUGGUAACAACCUGCUACCUGGAUCAGCCAAGGAGCAAGGCAAGGCACUACAGCGUUACUAUGAGGUGCAGGCAGCACUGCAGCCAGAACACACAGCACUUCUCAAGGCAAUCGUCUAUGAUAAACAACCGCAGGAGGAAGUGCAGAAGAAAGUUGAUGCCUUCCUCAAAGAGAUGAAGACAUUUGACGGCUACUUGGCUGAGAGCAAGUUUGUAGGUGGCGACAGCUUCAGUCUGGGCGACAUCGACAUGAUGGUAAUACUGACAAUGUGUGAGCGGCAAGCACUCAAUGUAAAGGAGAAGUUUCCAAACAUGCAUGCGUACUACGAGAGGAACAAGGAGCGGCCUUCAAUCGCCGCGUCAUACCCACCACAUUUCAAGACGAGCGACUCUCCCAAAAUCCUGGCAAGCUUCUAGAGUGCUUGCAGCCAGCGUUAUUGUUUCCAAUGACAGACACAUACGCAUUGGUCUUAUUAUACAAUCAUGUCAUUAUUCGGUUGGUGAAAUGGACAGUUUGAGAGAUUACCUCCCCUUACCCACUCUCUACACACUGUUGACGAAUACACAAGUUUUGUGUUUCAUUUUGAAAACUGAGCUUUCUGCAAACUGUUCUUGUGAGUGUCCAACACUAAUCUCUGCACCAAUAUCACUGAGGAGCAAGACGCUA